AUGUUGCAGCCCUCCACCAGAACAGGUGACAGCCUGUCGGAAUCAUUACCUCAGCGGAGCAAGCGUCCACGAUGGGCUCUUUCCCUCGCCCUCUGCAUGGCUCUCCUCUGGCUUCCAGGGGCAGCAGGAUCUACCCUAAACUGCCACAAGACAUGCAUCUGUGCUUCAAACAUAGUGAGCUGCUCCAAGAUGAACCUGACCACCGUCCCGACAGGUCUACCGCUCUACACUGCUGUGCUGGAUCUCAGCUAUAAUGAGAUAGCGCGGCUGCGAUCCGAGUGGACCCCGGUCAAGCUCCUGAAGCUCCAUAACCUCCUCCUCAACCAUAAUGGUCUCCACUUCCUGUCUUCAGAGGCAUUCAUAUAUGUGAAGCACCUGCGCUACUUGGAUUUGUCCUCCAACAACUUGCGGCAGCUGGAUGAGUUCAUCUUUGAGCCUUUGGUCAACCUGGAGGUCCUGUUGCUUUACAAUAACCAAAUUUCCCAGAUUGACCGCUUGGCCUUUGUCGGCAUGAUUAACCUUCAGAAGCUCUACCUUAGCCAGAACCAGAUCUCCCGCUUCCCCUUGGAGCUGGUCAAGGAAAAGUCCCGCCUGGAGAAACUUAGCCUCCUGGAUGUGUCCUCAAACAAGAUCAAGAUGCUACCCAUUGAUGAGCUCCAGGUGCUGCCUGCCUGGAUUAAAAAUGGCCUCUACUUCCACAACAACCCCCUGCUGUGCCACUGUGAUCUCUACACACUCCUAGCCCACUGGUACAUUCGAAAGCUCAACUCCGCUAUGGACUUCAAAGAUGACUACACAUGCAUUCUUCCUGGUCCACCAAAAACCCAAGUAGGUGCUUUUGAUCUCAGUGGUGACAAUAUGAACUGCAGCACCUUCAAGGAGGCAGAUGAAGAGGCCUUUCUGGAGCAAACACUGAUCCUAGGCUGUGACACCAAACACAGGAACAUGUUAAAGACCUGGAUGAUGCCUGGUAAUGUGAUGGUGACACCCGGAAGCAACCAGACAGCCAAAGUGCUGCCAGAUGGAAGUCUGCAGAUUAGUCCAGUGAAGUCUGAGGACUCUGGGACCUACACUUGCUUUGCGAUGAGCGAGGUCUUCAAUGAGACCAUCUAUGUGGUGCUAAAGGUUCACAACUUCACCAUGCAUGGGGGCGGGGAGACCCUGAACACAGGGUACACCACCUUGGUGGGCUGUCUGGCCAGUGUGGUGCUAGUUCUCAUGUACCUUUACCUGACGCCGUGUCGCUGCUUCUGCUGCCCCAGUAAGGGUAAGGCUCGGGGUGAGGACAGCAUCCACUCAUCCAUGCUCAGUGUGACACCCACCCACGAGGACCCAGCGCUCAAGGCGGAGCUGAACAGGCACGUGGCGUUCAUAGACUCCAAGGACUUGCAGGGCCAGAAUGGCAAGCUGAACCCCACUGGGGAUGAGGAUGAUGAUGAUCUGGACGCAGAGGCUGGUUCUCUUAUGAAGGGGAAGAGGAAGAAGUCAGUAGCAGAGUCCAUCAGCUCCGUCUUCUCAGACACUCCCAUGGUGGUCUGA